AAGCGAGCAUAGCAUAAAGACCAACAUCGUGUGCCAUACCAUUAGUCCUUAGCAAAGUGGUGCUACUGCUGCCAGAGAGUAAAUACAACUCACAGUUCAGUUUUUCGCGUACAAUCAGCGUUCAUUGUUUGUUGGCUGGCAUUUUAGUUGUUGCCAAAAAAAAAGAAGAAGAAAGUAGACAGAAAAAAAACCCGAGCAUACGCAUCGCAUUGAAUUAGAAAUAACUCCAAUUGGGAAAUAGGGAGCCAAUAGGAAUAGAAAAACGUUGAGAAACUCACAAAUUCAAGCCAUUAAAUAAUCACCAUCAACGAGCCAUAAGGGUUUGUUCUGCAUAUACAGUCAAUAUUUAGAGAGAAUUUUUUUUUCUCAAUUUAAAUUUCCAUUGUGUGUCGAACAUUACAACUGUUCUGAAAAGAAAACGAAAAUUGACGAAAUAUCGUGAUAAAAUUUACAUAAUAGAAUCGAUUCGGAAAUAAGUUGAUAGUGCGUGUUAACACGGAAUCGAUAAAAUUCGAACUACCGCAAAUCAGAACGAAAAUAAAAAUCCGUAUAACACAUGCGAGAGAGCGAAAAGACACACGUAGAAAAUUGACGAAAAUUGUACAAAACAAGUUGAAAAGAUUUCGCCAUAUUACACAUACCAAUUUGGAAAAAAAGUGAUAAAAAAGACGAAAACUCGCGAAAUAAAUAGAACAAAGUUAUUUACACCCGUGUGUCGCAUUUUAGUUUUUUUGUUAGGACCACAUCAAUUGUGUCAAGAUAUAGUGCAAGAAAAAAGUUUGCAGACUAAGACAAAAUAAAUAAUAAAAGCUGAACAACAUUUAAGCCAUCCAAUAUAAGCCAGCCACGACAGACGUAAUUUAUUAUUACGGGGAUUAGGCCGGUUGAGAAAAUCGGAGAGGUAUCACUUUGCAGAAUAGGCAAAGUAGCAUCAACGACCAUCAUACACACCAACGAGACCGAGCCACGCCACAUUCGCAUACACUUUUUUCCUCUCAAUUUUCAAUUCGACGAAAAGAAAACACAAACAAUCCAUUUAUCCAAAAAGACAUAAAGCAAACAUUACAACAACAAAAAAAGAGAAAAGAACACACACGAGAACAACAACAGCCUCGCCGUUUUUUCUCACAAGGCCUAUAUCCCAUCGACAUUAUAUUUGAACACGAGAAUAAACACAAGAUAAUCAUUGCGGAUUGUAUGAUUCAAUCAUCAGAUGAUAAAUAUUCCAUAAAUCAAAAUCAAAAACGUGCUUCUUGUGUGGAAAGCUUCAGCUGUGAUUUAAAUCAUUUCUACGUUUUUAUAAGAAAUAAAUAAGUAACCAACAAAAAAACACACACACACAAAAACAACAAAAAAUCUAGGGAAAUCAUUGAAUAUAUAAAGGAAAACCACCAAUUAUCAAGUUUGGUGGUUGUUUUGUGGAAAUUUCGUAUUCGCUGUUUUAUUUUGAGAAAAUACAUUUGAGUCCAUAGAAUCAGCAACUCAAUUUGACGACGACGACAAAUUGAGAGAAACCAUAUUGAAGCAGCCGAGAACUCAGAGUAACAGCAAUUAAAAACACUUAAUUAACUGUUAUCAUCUGAUUUAAAUGGAAAUCAUACCGGAAGGUGUACACUUUCGAUUGGUGCAAGACGAUGAGCUUCCAGCUAUUUUGGAAUAUUUAAAACAAUAUAUGCCGGAGGCAAUAAAGUUUCAUCAAACAAUAAAAACGUACCUGAAUGAUCGAGUAUGGAAGUUUUAUUUUUAUGUAUCGAAAAAGUGGCCCGAUGAACCGAUUUGUUUACAUUUUCCUGGCUGCACUUUGACGCCAAAGGAUAAUAUUUAUGGAAGUUUCGGCAUAUUUUGCCCGUCGGAACGAUUGGAAUGCGUCGACUUAAUGGAAACGGAAACAAUUUUAAUUGAUUGGACACUAGAGAUGUACCUGAAUUUUACGCACAUUGGCAUUAUGAAUCGAAUUGAUCAGUUUUAUCAGAAGUAUGGUGUGAUGGAACGUUUGCACGGCGAUAUUUAUGUAGCACAAGCUCCUUUCAAGCAAAUUGAAUUGGAAAGUUUGCCUGACGAUGAGGUUGAGAUGCGUCCGUUGAACAUUAAUAAUGUUAAAGCCAUUCACGACUUGUAUCCGGCUAGUGAAAUAGAAUGCGUUGAAGUGUUCGAAAAGCUCAUUGGCACCUUACCAGGGUUUGGUGUUUUUGUACACGAUACAGACGAACUCUGUGCAUGGAUGAUGCAUUCGUAUUAUGGCGCCAUGUUCUCAAUGCAAACAAAACCGCAAUUUCGUCGUAAAGGGUAUGGAAUUCAUUUGGCUCAGGCACUCACCGAAAAAGUCAUCGAUCGCGGCUACACACCAUUCGUCGUGAUUCGCCCCGAAAAUGAUGCAUCACGAAACUUAUACACAAAAUUAGGAUACAAAAAGGCUUAUGAAACGGUACGUGUAACUUUACAACCAAAGGUGACCGGUGACACAACUGAAAAGCUCAAUGGUCACUGUGCCAAUGGUCACCAUAUCAUCGAUAUUCAAAAAGACGAAGGCAUCGAAGAUAUGCGUGCAGAAAUUGUACAAAAUAUCAGUCCAAAUCAAAAUGAGGUGGCCAAAGACGAGGGCAUCGACAAUGGCGAAGAAUAAACGCACGAAUUUUCAACCAACAGAACAAAUUGGACAAAACAAUUUUCGAAUUGUGAUUCUCACGUUUUAAUUCCUUCUAUUCCUAUAAUUCCCAAACCAACCAAAAAAAAAACCAGCAACAAACAAUACAUUUCUCUGAUGCCGCAAAACCAUGAAGCUAAAAUGCUAGCAAAUGAUUGCCUAAAAACAAUGAAUAUAAUUUUAAAUUUAAAUAUCAGAAGGUGAAGAAAACAAAAAUUAAAAAUUCAAAGGACGAAUUUUAUUUUCUUGAAAGACAUGAACAUGUGCAAAGAAAUCAUAAAAGACAUGAACAUUUUUAAGUAAAAGAAAAAGAGUGUAUAUGGAAAUGGAUAGGGCUUAAUUUAUGAUGAAAACAAAAAAAAACACACACACAACACUUUUUUUGUAUGGCGAUAAUGCAUUUAUUUUAGCGCGAAAAAUGUCUUCUACAUUUAUAUUAUAUUAUAUUAUACUGUAUGAACCUUUUUAUGAAUAUGUAAUCGAAAUAGAUACUCUUUUCUUAAGCGAUUUGAUUAUAUUUAUCUAGCGGAAUGUGAUCUACAUAUAUUUUCCAAUUUAUUUUUCUGUCCAAUUCUGUUCGUUUUCCAUCUUAUAUGAUAACACUUCUUAUCAACAAAAAAAUUGAAAAACACUUUAGAAGUCUCUAUCAUUUAUCCGUAGCUUUCCAGUAUAUAACCAAUCAAACGGGAGAAUCGAAAAAUGUUUGAGAAAAAGAAAAUUCGAAAGAAACAUGCAUAGAUUUGAGAUUAUUUCGUACCCGAUCGUAGAGCUCGCUUUCAAAAAGAAAAAAAAAUACAAUGUUGAUCUAAUUCGAAUUUUGUUGCAAAUGAAAUCGGGGGGCGUAAAAUUACUAUAUCAAGCUCAAGGAAUCUGAUACCGUAUGCAUGCAACUGAAACGUGUGUGUGAAAUUUUUUAUAAAUCCAAUCGGGCUCACACAAUUCUUACAUAUUUAUAAUUACAUCUUUUGCCAUUUUUUACUAUUUUAUUCGUAUCAUUAAAACAAAGAAGAAGAAGAAGUGGUAGCUGAACAAUGAAAAGCCUAUACUUUUAUACAACUUUUAGUCUUCGAAUGAGCGCAAAAUCAUUAUAAAUAUGUUUAAACAAAAUUAUCGAGUAGACCUUAAUCACAUAAUGGCAAUAUAAUGGUGCCGUAUUUAUUUGAUUUUUUUUUUCUUUCGCGAAAUUAUUUCAAUGCCUGCAUAAAAGAGCUUGAAUAUAUUUGCACGAAUAGCCAAAUUGCGAUUGUGAUAAAUAUUAAAAGAAUUUUUUUAAACAAAAAAUUGUAGAAGCAUAGGCAUUCAAAAUGAGUUCCAUAGUUUGGUCAGUUUAUGUCGAAUUUUUUUUUAAUUUGAAAUGCAAAUCUGCAUUAUUACACAUUAGCUGACAAUAACAAUAGAGCCACACUGAGAAAUAAAAAAAAUAGUCGCUCGAAUAAUGGCAUGUAACAAUCUCAUAUGUUGAAUUGUUAAAUUCAAUGCCAAUAACGAAAUAUUCAAGGCUUACCUCGUGUAUAUACCAUAUACACAGUUUUCAAAUGAAUAAAUUAUUAUUUAUUCAAAUUUUAAAAAAGGAGGAAAGAAAAACUAUUUUGCGCCAUUAUGUGAUUAGCGAAAACGGAGAAAAGAAUGAAAACAACAGUCAUUUUCUCUUAAUUAUUAUUAUUCCAACUAUCAUCAAUGUAACACGAUGAAACAAAUAACAAAAUAUGUAAUAUCAUUUAUAUUAUACGGCAACAAUUUUUGGUCCAAACAUAUAGAUUCGUUUUCUAAUUAAUCUUGCACACAGUAUUUUUCCCAAAACAAAUGAAAAUGAAGAAGGAGGAAAAAACGACAAAGAAAAUAGUCCGUCAGGAAAGUCUCUAGACACACAAAAAGAGAAAUACAUUACACCAUAUGCUUAUGCGUGAAUGAAGUUGCAGUUUUGCCAUUUAUGCUCACAAAAAAAAAAAAAUAUGGGAAAAACACAAGAAAAUACCAAAAAAUGAGAAAUUAACCAACAUUUUCUUUAGGAUUAAUGAUUACAUGUGCUUUAUCAUUCAGUCAUAUCUAUUCUAAUUUUGAAGGAAAAGAAAAUCAAUGAUUAUGCAAGAAAAAAAGUGAAAGAAAACUGAACAAAUUAUCCAAGUAAAAUAAUCAAGCACCAGACCGUUAACAUUGACAUCCAGGACGGUGUGAGCAUAUAACAUGACACACAUACACAGAUUGCCUAAAGUAUUGCUUUGUGAACAGCAGCAGCAUAGCUAGAAACACCAGAAGGAACACUUUUUGUUAUAAUCUUUUUUCUUUACAAAACUUUUUUACAUUUUAAUGCACACACACACACAAAAUAGAAGAAAAAAACAGACAGACCGAUAGAAUGCAUACAAAGAUAGAACCCAGGAUCAAAUUUGUUUUAGUCUGUAUAAUAGAGAGAUGAAAUCGAACAACAAAACGAACGCAACUUUAACAAAGAUUUAAAAAAAAUGAAACCGAAGAAUAAAAAGAACUAUAGUUAGACACUGAAAUAUAAAAUAUAUAUAUAUAUAUUACUUAUAACGAAUGAAGAAGAAACCAAAGUAAUUAUUGUAAAACAAAUUUGUAUUUGAAACAAAAGAAAAAAAAAACAACAACUGAAACAAAUCAUGCAAAUGUAUAAACAAAUAUCUGUAAUAGAAAUGAUGUGUGCGUGUAUGUGCCGAAGAUGUAUUGAAUGUUGUGUAUUGAAUUCGAAACAAAAUGUGAGUGUUUGAUGAAACUGAAAAAGAAAAGAAAUGUAUUCUAUUGUACACAAGCCACACAUUUUCAUUUCAUAAAUAAACUAUGAAUCUUCUAAUUGAACCAA